AACAGUGGUAGAGGAAAGUAGAAGAACACGGUAGUCUUCCCUGUGAGCAGCUGUUGUCUGAAGUGAUGUCACACAGUGGGAAUGAAACUCACGGUGCCCAGCGCAAGCAUCCUAUCGUGAUGGUGUCAAUAAAAUUGUUACAUUUGGUUUAAUGGAGAUAAUGGACAUAUUGAUCUGUAUAAAAUUGGUUUCUCUUCAUCCAAGAUAUUUUAUGAUAAUAAUUUUUGCUGCAUUGAAUAAAAACCCAGGAAGUUCCAGACCCCCUCAUCCUAAUAUGUCACCACCUUUGGACAAUCUGAGAUGAAUCAACCAUUAAACUUCAGAAAUGCCUCACGUCUCUCCUAUAGGGAGGAGAGCUCACAAAUAUUGAAUGUCUCUGCAUGAGGCACUUUGCAUGUGGUCUCUUGUUUACUAUAUAGAUUAUUUACACAGAGUUAAUAAAAAGUAUCUGUUGAUUGAUUGCUGAUGAUAUAUAAUACUGACAAAAUGUAGAUUUGAUCCAGUGGAUUUCAAAAAUCCUAAUUUUCCUAUUCAAAAGCUCCAUGGAUCUAGUUUGCACUUUCUUUUCACAUAACUUUUUGUUUCAUUUCCAUCUGCUCCCUGGGCUCAAGCUGAUUCCUGGGUGCUUGCACCUUCCUCACUCCUGGUGGUUUGAGAGGACACUGAGCACCGCCUCCUGCUCUCUAGAUUGCGCUCCCCGUCCCCAAAGCCACCUGUGUCUGAAAGAGCCCAAGCCUCAGUUAGGGGGCCUUGGCAUUGACAUCUUUGAUUGGCCAAUGCGUGCCUCACAACCUCAGUUUGUCCUUCAAAUACCAGUGGAAACUGAAGGGACUGGCUCUCUUUCCUCAGGUCAAAGAGCUCUUGAUGGAUAAGGAGGCUGCUCAGUACUUCGUGAAACUCCACAUAAUUGCUGGGCAGAUGAACACCGAGCGUAUGAAUAACACAGACACUUUCUACACCUUGACUGGAAAGUCAGGAGAAAUCUUCAACAGCGAUAAGGACAAUCAAAUAAAACUUAAACUCUAUGGAGGCAAAAAGAAGGUAAAAAUUAUACAGGGAGACAUAGUUGCUUCCAACGGACUCCUGCACAUCCUUGACAGAGCCAUGGACAAGAUGGCACCCACAUUUGAGAGCAACACUAAGCAAACCAUAAUGACAAUGCUACAACCAAGAUACAGCAAGUUCAGAUCUUUGUUAGAGGAAACCAAUGUGGGACAUGCCUUAGAUGAAGAUGGGGCUGGUGGACCAUACACCAUUUUCGUUCCAAGUAAUGAAGCAUUAAACAAUAUGAAGGACGGCACUCUUGAUUACCUCCUUUCUCCAGAGGGAUCUCGGAAGCUUCUGGAACUCGUCAGAUACCACAUUGUCCCAUUGACUCAGCUGGAAGUGGCUUCUCUCAUUGUGAUCCCACACAUUAGGAGCCUGGCCAACCAGAUCAUACAGUUCAACACAACCAACAACGGACAGAUUCUGGCAAAUGAUGUGGCCAUGGAAGAGACAGAGGUCAUUGCCAAAAACGGCCGUAUCUACACCCUGACUGGCGUCCUCAUUCCUCCCUCCAUCGUGCCGAUUCUGCCCCAUCGAUGUGAUGAAAGCAAGAGAGAGAUGAGACUGGGCACCUGUGUGAGCUGUUCUCUGGUGUAUUGGAGCAAAUGUCCUGCUAACUCUGAGCCCACAGUAAGUGUGAUGGCUUCAUGAAACCACACAUCACCCAAGUGACCCCACUGGUGUUGCUUCUCAUCUUUUCUACCUUUCUUCUUAAAAGAUA